AUGGCUGGUAAAGACGACUCCCAGCGAGAACAGACGCCGUCGCCGCCGCAGGAAUCUCGGCCCUGGCCCGAGGACGAUAAUCCGUUUGUUGCCUUCCGGCGCUAUGCGGACGAGCAGAUCUCGUCCAUGUUACAGUCGGUGAUGGGGCUGCCGUCUAUGGUGUCUCCUCCGACACCUGAUCACUGGAAGGUUUUUGCAGACGACAACAACAACAACGACAAGUACAGGGAUUUGAUGCGUCGUGAAGACGAAGCCGAAGGCAGACGCGAUCGCGAUCGGUCGUCGUCGUCGUUGUCUUCGGCGGAAGAUACGAAUGAUGAUGACGAUGAUUAUAACAACAACAACAACAACAACGAUAAUCAGUGGCGCUCGCGUAACCGACGGUAUGGGCAGCAGCAUCGUUCCUCGGAUAUUUUUGGUAUCGACUCCUUCUUUGACGGACCAUGGCUUAACGACCGAUUCCCUGUGUCUUUCCGACUGUUUCACCCGUAUCCAAACUCCUUUUUUACCGAAGCGUUCGGCGAGACCGAGUCACCCAUGUGGCCGAUGCCGUACCUGUUGCUCAGCCCCUAUUCCCCCCUGCACCUUGAACGGAGGGCACAGUAUCGGGUUCAUCGCGAGCACGGCGUGUUCUCUUCGCUCAUGUCGUCUCUGAGGUCUGCUUCGGAUCGGGACCCGGACGAGCCACACUGGCGCGAGGCCUUUGAGGACCUGAUCCGGCUGGAGAACGGCAAACCGAUGCUGGAUCGUCCUUCCGACGCCAUCAUGCAACGCGAGAGUGGGUAUGACUGGCUCCAGGGUUUGGUGAAGAGAGGCAGCCUGGGCCAGCGCUGGCAGUAUGUCCCGAGCACAGCCGAUCGACCGUGGGCUGGCAUUACGUACGACAGCUCCGACUCCAGUGAAGAUCGCAGUUCACUUCCCAACACCAAACGCAUUGAACCACAAGCCCAACCGGAUGUUUCGACAGAGGAGCUGGAGCACCUCGCCGAGAUGGACUUGUACAACCGGUUCCUUGAAGGUAUCGAAGCCCGGGAACGUGACGCCUUCCGCGGCAUGCCCGAGAGCCCCCUUCUCCGGUUCCUGCUCGAGGAGAAGCGGAGACUCCAGGAGACCCAGGGGUACGGCAACGGCAACGGCAACAACCAGUUUCCUUUGGACCCAGACAUCCGCGGCGACGACACAGAAAGUUGGCUGGAGCUUGUUUCUGGUGGAAACAGGAACUCGGUCCCCGACACGCAGCCGUCUCCGGAGACAGAUCAGGCUGCUGCAGACCAAAUCGUCUCGAUGGUCACCACCAUCAAUCGUGUGCGGCUCCCCGAUGGGUCCAUGAAGACCACGACUGUCAAGACCAAGCGCUUCGACGACGGUCGGGAAGAGCGCGACGAGUCGGUCGAGGUGGUCAACCCCCAGUCUUCUUCUCCUUCCCCAGUGCCUGCUGAGGAUGAAAGCAAAAAGAGCGGUUGGUUCUGGAAAUGA